GUGUUUAUUUUUCACUAUCUGAUUAAAAGUCAUGAGUGCUAAAAAAGAAAAAUCAGAAAGUUCGAAGAAGUCAGAUAAAAUGAUCGACACACAUCGAGAAUUUUUAGAUAUGGAUACCGAUGAGGAAGAUUUCGGUCGACAAGAAUCACCCGAAGUCGAAGAAGAACUUCCUCCAGAACCCGAAAAACCCGUGUUUUCUGAAGGCGAUUUGGUUACAUUAGUACAACAUGUAAAAGAUUUAACAAUAUUCUCUUCUCUCGAUAAGAAUUGGAAUGAAAAAUGCGAUAAAGUAGUACGAGAAUAUUUUGAGAAUCCGUCACACUUCGUGCUAUGUAUUUUUCACGAAGAAAGUAAAUUAACCGCCAUUUUAAAUAUUCCGAAUUAUGCACCUAAAGGAUUUGUGUAUUUUCUAAGAUCACCGUGGCAGAUUUAUACGCCAGAUAAUUUUCGCAGCACCGUAUCAUUCGGAAGUAUUAGUAAAAAUACUAAAAGUUCUAUUUUAAAAUUUAUGGAAAAUAUCUAUGCACCAGUUAUACUUCGAAGCAACGACUGUGCAUCACUCAUACAAAAUGAAGUAUUUUCAAAUCUUCAUGAAUUUAUUAUACGUCUUACCGCGGAGGUUUAUGAUCCAAUGGGCUUAACUACGUUGUACGUUCCAAAAGAGAAUAUUUUUAAGACAUUUGUGGAACCGUCGAAAAAAAUUGACUGUUUCUUACUCGGAGAAGAUAUAAAAGCGGUACUUCUGGAGAAAGACGAAAGGCAACGGAAAUUAGUUGAUAGAUUGGAAAAAGUAGUUUGGUCUUGGAUUAGACAAAUAUAUAAAGAGAGGAAAAUAACGUCGAGCAGAACAAAGAUUGAAAGCAUACAAGACGAAGUGAAUUAUUGGAACGCGAAAUAUUUAAACCUGGCUUAUUUAAAUGCUCAACUUCUUAACCCAGAAGUUCAAUUGAUAAUCAAAAUACUCGGAAAUUUGUGUUCUCUCAGCGCAAAUAAAUUUCAGGAAUUAACCAAGCAUAUUGAAAAGGGAUUAAAAGAAACGUCGUCGAACUUAAUGUACUUAAAUAUUUUACUCGAUUUUUGCAAAAAUCUAACCGUUCCGGAAGACGCUGAAAACUCAAUCACUGAAGCGCUGCUUCUGAUAUUAUUUAUUUGGAUUGAGUCUCCAUUUUAUAAUACCACGAACAAUAUCGAAAUACUUUGUCAAGCAUUUAGUUCGCAGAUAAUACAUCAAUGCAAAAAUUAUAUUAUGCUAGACGUUGCUCUAGGAAGUAAUCCAGAAGACGGGAUGGAAAUAUUGAAAAAAUGUAUAUUCUGUUGUGAUAUUUACAAAAUAAUUUAUGACAAUUUAACGAUGAACGUUGUUUCAUACAUUAAUAUUGAUAAGAAAUGGGACAUAAACAAAGCGGAAGUUUUCAAUAAAAUUAAUACUUUUAAACAAAGAUGCUAUGACGUGUUUGAAAUCUGUGACGCGUUACUCAUAUUUGGAAGAUAUAAUAAAAUAGGAUUAUUCGGUGGUACAAGAGGAAUUGAAUAUGAAGCAUAUUGGCGGGAAAUUGAAAACAUAUUUUACGAAAUUUUAAAUGAAAUUAUUGCCGCUCGUGAUAUAAUAUUUGACAUUACGAAAUCAAAUUGGCUGAAAAAAUACAGACGAUUUAAGUAUACAAUUUUACAGUUAGAGAACAUGGUAAUAAAUUUAAUUAACGACAUAUUUAAAAAUGUUAAGAACAUAGAAGAGGGUAUUGAGGCGAUUUAUACUUUACAAAAAUUUAACAAAAGGGAUAAUUUGCGAGAAAUAUUGCAGACUAAGUGGAUACAGGUAUGGACAAUUUUUAACAACGAAAUAAAAUAUUGUUAUAUUAACGCGGUUAAUGUGUCAAAAAUAUGCGAGCGGUCAACACAAAAGACAAAUGUCAACAUGAAUAUGUCGUUCAUUCUACAGUAUAUAAAAACUCAGCAUAAUAAGAUGAUAAAUGCAAUGGACUGGAUAGGAAAUUGUGCUGCUGAACAGUGUAUUUUGCAACAAUAUAAACAUGUGUUAGAUGUAAUUGACGAGAGAAGAAAGAUGAUUAACACUUACAGUACAUACGGAACACAAUAACGAGGGAUGAUAAGUUGUGAAAGUCACAAUUGAACAAACAAACAAUUUUAUAUGAUAGAAGGAAUAACAAUUUUUCGUAAUGAACCUCAGUCACUGUAUUAUUAAAAAAAUUACAUUGUUAUAACUUUGGACGGGGCGCUAUGGUCGUAACAUUCAUUCUAUUAUAUAUGUCGUACUUAAUUUUUAAUAUAAAAAAAAUACUAAUAGAUAACCAAGAAUUAAUUAAUUAAUUUGUCCGACGUAACAUAUAAUGUUAUUCGCUGUUUUCUUUGUAUAUGGUUUAAUAAGAAAAUUUAUAUUACUUAUACUUAUUCUGAACUUGUGACAGCCUUAUAAUACAAUUACACAUCAUUAAUAUAUCCUUCAAUAUCAAUAUUCAUAUCAUUCUACUUUUCUUUGUUUAAAAUCUUAAGGAUGUAGCAUACAUAAAUUUUUUAAACAUUUAUAUUGUAUGAAUUCCUUUUUAUCAAUCACCCUGCCUUUUUUUUAAUAGUGCAAAAAUAAAAUUUAUAAUAUGAUCGGCAUAGGAUGAGAGAGAAAUCUUAGAUGGCACUUUAAUCAUUGUGAGGUAUUUGAAUAGUAACUAAAGUAGAUAUACUUUAGUAAUUUAUCAUAUAAAAAUUAUUUUUUAUAAAUUAUGUAAAACUUUUAAAUGCUAACAAUAAUAAGUUAUAAAUUAUACUUUUAUCAGAUCAUGUUCGUAAACUGAAAAUUAUCUUAUGGACAAGAUAUCGUGAUAAAUAUUACAUUAAAUAAAAACAUGGAAUUAUAAUGUUAACAAAUUUACACAAAAAUGUAAUUUCUUAAUCAAUCUGUAAAGAAUACGAGUGUAUCUUCUGUAUUAAAACUAACUAACUUUGGGAAUUUUUAACAUGAAAUUAAUAUUUCUAUAAAGUUCACAACAACUAUAAAUUACUUAUUUAUUUACUAUAUAUUAAUUAUAGAUUUCGAAUCAUAGAAAUAAUAAAAUAUCAGAAAAAUUAAUAUUUAUUAAUAAUAUAAACUGGAAUAAUUUUGACUGCAUUUUCUGUACUGGAAUUUGCGAGCCAAAAAUUACUAACGUUGUAAAUAUUGAGUUCAUUAGAUUUGUGAAAUUUCCUCUAAUCCCGAAUAAUUUAUCUGUAUUUAGGCACAGCAUUCAUACUUUCAUUUUCUAACAUGUUAUUAGUACCUUUUACAUACUGUGGUCCCUUAAGCAACUUUGAAUACGACUAAACACAUAAAGUAGAUAUAACAAUAUUGCACACAUAACUGAGUUCUCUAUCUCGUUAGAUAUAUAUUCCAUUAUAUACUUAUGUUUCCCAAAGUUAUAGUAAUUAUACAGAACAUCCCCAUGACUUAUAUAUUAUAUAACUGUGUAAACAAAAAAUAAUAAAAAAUGAAAUGGAAUUAAUGAGUAGUUUUGGAUGUAGUCCAUUAAUGACAAUAUAGGGUAAUCUAUGCAGUUAACACUUUUUUGUAUUACUAGAUACACAGAAUAUAUAAAUAAAGUACUAUAUCCAUAUAUAAGUAGAAACUGUUCAUAAAAAUGCUUCUGAAAAAAAGAAAUUUUCUUAACCGAAUUAAGGUAAUAGUAUAUUUUGAUACAAAAUUAAGAGCUAUAAGGAGUAUGGAAAGAUAUGUAAAUGCGUCCAUUUAUGUAUAUUAUAAAUAUUUUCACAUGUAUUCCCUCGUAUGAGGAUUCUUUUUAAAAAAAUGGUACUAUUGUUACAAAGAUAGUUAUUAAAUGUGCAAAGAAUCCUACACACUUCAGCGUUAAUAAUAAACUUAGUAAACCAUCACCAGUUAGUAGGUAGUAUUGGGUGAUGUGACCCUUCAGGAAAAGUAGGUAUCAUCCACUUUUUAUGACUUAUUCAAUUGAACAAGAUACAGUUUUCAACGUUAAAGAAACAUAUAAAAAUAGAUCUAUUGAUAUUGUUGACUAUAAUCUUAACAAAAUCUAGUAAAAAUAGUAGCACCGCUUGUAAGUUCAUUCAGUUUUUAUAACUAUAAAUAUUUUUACACGUGUUACAUUAAGUUGUAUCAAAUUGAAAGUCUCAACAUAGAUUACCCUAUAACCAGUUAUAAUUAUCCACUUAGGAACUAUUAUAAAAAUUAUACAUAAAUAUUUUAUGUACAUAUACCUGGCACGUGUACAUAUACACACUUCUAAUUUUGAUUAUCAUAAUACUGUAAUCCAUAAUUUGCUUAGAGAAUUAGAACACUCUUUUGGCACAAGUAACUUAAACAAAAGUACGUAUUUGGUUUCUUUGUUCUACUUAUUUUUAACACUUUACCAACCUGCAGUCGAUUAAUCGACUUUUUGUCCCCAACGAUCGGCAACUGCUAUGGUAACUAGCAAGUAUUUGUUACUUUGAAUUGAUAUACAAGUUGCUUUGCUCUGUAAGCUCUCGUAUUUUUAUACAAUUCCCGGUGUCAGAGAAGAUCUGCUGCCGAGCGGCCGGUGAGAAGGGCAUAAGAUGUUGAACAGCUACCG